UUUCACAAGCUUCCCAAUCAGCUCUCGGGGGCCAGGCGCUCUCCCUCCCUCGCCCAGCCUGCGUCCUCUCUUUGCCGGCUCUUCUCAUCCCUCCUCUUCAUUUCCCUCCCUGGCAGGGUGUAAUUGAGUCAAAGGCAGGAUCAGGUUCCCCGCCUUUCGGUCCAAAAAUCCCGCCAAGGGAGCCCCAGAGCACAGGAUAAUCCAAAGUGGAGAGAGGGGAAGAAAGAAAGCGGUGAGUCAUCGGUCCAGGAGGGGGGAGAGAGCAGCCUUGCAGGCGGGAGCUGCAGUCACCAGUACCUGGAGUCGGUGGAAACCUCGCCCGGUGCAACAAAGGCAGCCUGCUCGCCGGCUAGGACCCUGCAACCCAAAAAUGCAGUCCCACGAGUACCAGCAGCAGCGUCGAAAAUUUGCAGCUGCGUUCUUGGCCUUCAUUUUCAUCCUGGCAGCUGUGGACAUGGCUGAGGCAGGGAAGAAGGAGAAGCCAGAGAAAAAGGUGAAGAAGUCCGACUGUGGAGAAUGGCAGUGGAGCGUGUGUGUACCCACCAGCGGGGACUGUGGGCUGGGCACCCGGGAGGGCACUCGCACUGGUGCAGAGUGCAAGCAAACGAUGAAGACCCAGAGAUGCAAGAUCCCGUGCAACUGGAAGAAGCAGUUUGGAGCUGAGUGCAAAUACCAGUUCCAGGCUUGGGGAGAAUGUGACCUGAAUACUGCAUUGAAGACCAGGACUGGAAGUCUGAAGCGAGCUCUUCACAAUGCCGACUGUCAGAAGACAGUCACCAUCUCCAAGCCCUGUGGUAAACUGACCAAGCCCAAGCCUCAAGCAGAAUCUAAAAAGAAGAAAAAGGAAGGCAAGAAACAGGAGAAGAUGCUGGAUUAAAAGAUGCCACCGUCUGUGGAACAAGAAAAGGACAUCAGCAAAUAGGAUCAGUUAACUAUUGCAUUUAUACCUACUGUAGGCUUUUUAUUCAAUAGUUAUCUAUAGCUUAAGUACAUGAUAGGCAAAAACAAAGAGAUUUUUUGUAGUAGCACUUUUUAAAUGUAUACCAUAGUACCAUUAGGGGCUUAUAAUAAAGGACUGUAAUACUAUUUAGAAGGCUGACUUAUAGGCCAUGAUAGAUGAUAGACAACUGAGGUAAGUUUUUCUGAAGUUAUGUGAUAUUUCACAUUUAAAUCUUUUUUACAUUUUUUUUUCCUUUGGGCAGCAAUUUAAAUGUUAUGACCAUGUAAACUACUUCUCUUGUUACGUAGUUUUAUCACCUAGACUUUUUUUCCCAAUUGAGAAAAAUGUAUACUAAACAAAGCAGCAAUAAAAUAUAAUCACUCUAUUGGAGAGAAAUAUAUUGUUUUCUGCCAGUGAAGGUUUUCUUUUCAAAUUAGCAAAACAAGUGAAGGAGAGAGGCAGGGCGACUACCUAGCAUUGUCGACAUUUUUUUUUUUUAAAGAAAAGCAUUAAAACAUGACAUUAUUUCACUUUGGCAGAAACAUUUGUUUUCUUGAUGAAAUUAUUUUU